AUGAUAUCUAAUCAUCAGCAUCACCCUCACAACCCCGUAUCGAAACCAAUACACCCGCCGCAGCCGCCUCAGCAGCAGCAGCAGCUACCACCACAACCACCACAACCACCACAACCUAUGCAAUUGCCUUCACUUCCGCACCACGUUUCUACAUACUCGUCUACUCCUGGUCAACCACUUCAACACAUUUAUACUACUCCACCACAUCAAACCCAAUUGUAUCACUACAAUCAGCCUGAUAUCCCUCCGGCAGGGUAUAUCAUCCCAGCACGACCUUUGUCACAAUACGAGCCGUUAUCACAACCGCAAUCUCAACCACAGUCGCAACCACUAUCACAAUCUCAGCAGCAUCCUCAACAUGCAAUGGCCACAAAUGAGGAAUCCAACCAUGGGAAUGAAUCAUUGACUGUGUCAAAUAGAAGAGGACCGUGGUCACCACUUGAAGACAAAAAAUUAUUGGAACUAAUAUCCAUCUAUGGACCAACUAAUUGGGUAAGAAUAUCCAAUAGUUUAGAAACUAGAACGCCAAAGCAAUGCCGAGAAAGAUACCACCAAAACUUGAAACCAAGUUUGAAUAGAGCACCUAUAACUCCAGAGGAAGGCGAUAUGAUUGAAAAACUAGUUGCACAACACGGCAAGAAAUGGGCCGAGAUUUCUCGCCAUCUUAAUGGAAGAUCAGAUAAUGCAAUUAAAAACUGGUGGAAUGGCGGUGCAAAUAGAAGACGUAGAGCUUCAACUAAUCCCGCUUUUACUACUUCAGAUGUAGCAACUUUAGCCUCGACUGUAAAGAUAAACGAAAAUAAAAGAAAGUCAAGCUCAAGCAAUAACAAUGUUGAGAUUGCCCAGCCGUUGAGUACAAAACAAGCUUCAAGCUUGCCACAACCACAACUGCAACCACAAUACUCAGCAAGUGCAUUACGGACUUCAUCUAGUCUCUCCAACAUGAAUCAUCACUAUCAACAACAACAACAACAACAACAACAACAGCAACAACAACAACAUCAACAACAACAUCAACAACAAUCACAACCACAUCAACCACAUCAAUUAAGCCAAGUGUCGAAUGCACCAAACCUACCACAAAUUGCAUUUAAUACCUCCAUAUUUGGCAAGGCUAUCAACGAAAAGACUCUUCCUAGUCUUCGAGAUUCAAUCAACAGAGCAUCUGUUCCACCGCCUGCAACUAUUAAUAUCCAUUCUCCCAAAAGGUCAUCCAAUUCUAGGUCAGCCAGUUUUGAUGUAAACUCAUCGACAUUACCACCUAUUAUUCAGAAUAAUAAAAGAAGAUUAAUUGAAGAUCAAUUCAAUCGCCGACACUCAAGCGCUCAUUCCAUGUUAAUACAAACGAAUUCGAAUGGCUCGCAUAUAAGUUUGGUGCAUGCUUUUCCUUAUUCCAAUCAGUCUGUUAGCGGGAAUGUCCUGCCUUCAUAUCAUGGAUCGCCAUUAAUGUUAAGCACAGCCAUUUCGAGAAACAAUUCCGUUAGUCAUCUUGAGUUGAUGAACAACAACAACUCAGCUAAUGAUGCAUCCAGAAGAUCUAGUUCGAUUGCGUUUGAACUAUUCCCCAAUCCUUUGAACAAGAAUGGAGAUACUCUCUCGCAUAAGAGAAAUGUGUCACAAAACUCGUCAUUCAACUCACCUCAAUUAACUCCACUGACGAGAUUUUCGGUUUGCUCCACCAAUUCAAUAUUGGUUCCUACAACAACGUUGAAUAACUCCUCAGUGACAACGUCACCGGCGCAGUCUUAUAAGUACGAGCAUGCAAGAAGCACUGUAUCUGUGAAUGAGCCAGUGAAGAUCGAAGUGGACGAGAAACAGAAACAGAAAACAAAAGACAUUAAUGGGAAAGAUGAGAAUACGAGAAUUUUACAAAAACAAGAAUCUUCUUUUGAAAGGAAAAACAGCAUAAAUGAUAGAGACAAUCUGUCAGUAACUAAGGUAUCCGUGUCUUCAUUACUCGACUAG